AUGGGCGAUGGGGGCGCCGAGCGCGACCGCGGUCCCGCACGCCGGGAGGCGCGCGGCGGGCGCGGCGGGGACAGAGGCGGAGCGGAGGACUCGGGUGCUGAUGCUGGCCUCCGCAGCCCAAGGGAGAUUGGAGGGACCUCUGCUUCUAGCCCCGAGGGCUCCAGGGAGAGCGGCGCCGACAGCGACGGCCACCCCGGGCUCGGUGAGGCAGACCACUACCGCCGCAUCCUGGUGCGAGAUGCCAAAGGGACCAUCCGGGAGAUCAUCCUGCCUAAGGGUCUGGACCUGGACCGGCCCAAGCGGACCCGCACAUCCUUCACGGCCGAGCAGCUCUACCACCUGGAAAUGGAGUUCCAGCGCUGUCAGUACGUGGUGGGCCGGGAGCGCACCAAGCUGGCCCGCCAGCUGAACCUCUCCGAGACCCAGGUGAAGGUCUGGUUCCAGAACCGCCGCACCAAGCAGAAGAAAGACCAGAGCAGAGACCUGGAGAAGCGGGCGUCCUCCUCAGCCUCCGAGGCCUUUGCCACCUCCAACAUCCUGCGGCUGCUGGAGCAGGGCCGCCUGCUGUCCGUGCCCAGGGCCCCCAGCCUCCUGGCGCUGACCCCUGGCCUGCUGGGCCCGCCUGCCGACCACAGGGGCACCUCACUGGGUGACCCCAGGAACUCCUCCCCGUGCCUCAACCCAGUGACCUCGGCCUCGGUAUCCCCGCCGCUGCCACCCCCAAGGCCAGCCCUCUGCUUUUCCGCUGCCGCGCUCCUGGACCUGCCUGCCUGCUAUGAACUCGGCUCCUCGGCCUUCGAGCCCUACAGCCGGAGAGCAGGCAGCCCUGGCGGUGGCAAGAAAGUGGCUUAG